AUGAAGACGAUGCGAGAUUAUCACAAUCUUUACAAUCGAAGUGAUGUUCUUUUACUCGCCGAUGUUUUUGAAAACUUUAGAAAGGUUUGCAAGAAAAACUACAAUCUCGACCCCUGUUGGUACUACACUGCACCGGGAUUGUCUUGGGAAGCUUGUCUCAAGACGACUAAGGUAAAGCUUGAGUUGUUGAGUGAUGUGAACAUGUUGCACAUGUUUGAAAAAGGUAUUCGUGGGGGUAUUUCAAUGAUUCCAACACGACAUUCAAAAGCCAACAACAAAUACAUGGGAGAGAAGUUUGACCCUACCCAACCUUCAAAGUUUAUCACAUAUCUCGAUGCAAACAACCUCUACGGUUGGGCGAUGAGUAAAAAUCUACCGACACACGGUUUCAAAUGGGUCAAUGAAAAAUUUUUUAGAAAGUGGAAAAAAUUUUCCUGCGUUCUUGAGGUUGAUUUACUCCCCAUUGAGAAAGAUUUACACGAUUACUUUAACCACUACCCUCUCGCUCCUGAGAACUUGAUGGUUAAUAAAGUGAAAAAGCUGCUCUGCACCUUGGGUGGAAAGAAGAAGUAUGUCAUUCAUCACGAAACUCUGAAACUUUACAUGAGCCUUGGAAUGAAGAUUGGAAAGAUUCACCGCAUCAUCAGGUUUAAAGAAAGUCCUUGGAUGAAACCAUACAUUGAUUUGAAUACAGAUUUGAGAACCAAGGCCGAUAACGAUUUCGAGAAAGAUUUUUUCAAACUCAUGAACAACUCUGUCUAUGGCAAGACGAUGGAGAACAUUCGGAAACGAGUCGAUAUAAGACUUGUCAACUCAGAAGAAAAGGCGAAGAAGUUGGUAAAUAAAGUGAAUUUCAAACAUUGUACCAUAUUCUCCGAGAAUCUCUGUGCAAUGCAUAUGAGAAAGACACAAAUCACCUUCAAUAAACCACUCUAUCUUGGAAUGUGCAUUCUCGAUCUCAGCAAGAAUCUGAUGUACGACUUUCAUUACAAUUAUAUCAAAGCCAAGUACGGAGACAGAGCGAAGCUUCUCAUGACCGACACAGACAGUCUCUGCUAUGAGAUUCAGACCGAUGAUUUUUACCAAGAUGUAAAAUCAGAUGUACACGAUUUGUCCGAUACGAGCAACUUUCCGAAAGAUCAUCCUUCUGGAAUACCGACCGGUGUGAACAAGAAAGUUAUUGGAAUGUUCAAAGAUGAAGCCGGUGGAAAGAUCAUUGAAGAUUUUGUAGGUCUGAGAGCGAAGCUUUACAGCUACAAAAUGUUUGAUGAUGGAAAAGAAGCUAAGAAAUGCAAAGGUGUGAAACAAAAAGUGGUAGAGACCACUAUUUGCUUUGAUGACUAUAAGGAGUGUUUAUUCGGUGGUGGAAACCAACAUCGUAAAAUGAAUACCCUCAGAAGUCGAAAGCAUGAUAUAUUUAUGGAAGAGAUCAACAAAGUCGCCUUGUCCGCCAAUGAUGACAAGCGAUUCAUUCUUUUAAACAAAGUGGACACAUAUGCACUGGAGCAUUAUCAGAUUGAUGAAAGUGAAUGA